UUUCAAUAAUUAAGACAUGUACUUUCUUUAUCAAACAGGGUCUUCGUCUGAUGCUGAUUUAGAACGCCAAAUGCAUACAGAUGCUGCCCAAAGUGUACUAGAGAUGGGCUACACUCCACAUGUCAUACGAAGCGCCUUACGUGCAUUGAGAGAUGGAAAUGAUGGGCGAACUUUAAACGCCACAAUUUUGAUGGAGAAAAUCUUCGAGUUAGAAGAUGAAGCAUCGGCCAAUGAUGAAAAUAACCAACCUGUCCAAGGAACACCUCCGAACCAGUCAAAUGCAAUUGCUCAAGCACCAGUUACAAUUAACAAUAACACCCAAAGCCAAAGAGUAUUAAUUGAUACUGGUUCAGCAUCAUCAAAUUCUGCAAGGACUCAGUCGGCUCCAGUAGGGGAUAAAUCCUCCCAAGCAUCCUUAACAACAAAUGCAAGCAGUGAAGCAACCAGACCUCAAAAUAAAAAGUCACAAUUAUUGGAACAGAAAAAGCUCAAACAAGAGAAUGAACAGAUGAAACAACAAUCAUUGUGUACCAAAUGUAAACAAAAUGAUGUAUGCAUCGUUUUUCUACCAUGUGGACAUUUAGUUACAUGUGAAACUUGUGCACCUAAGAUUAGAUACUGCUCGGUAGAAAGUUGCGGGAAAUAUAUUAAAGGCACUGUUCGGGCAUAUCUAGCAAAAACUGUUAUAAAAAGUGUCGUGAUGUUUGGACGAAAUGAACUUCGUAACAUUACCCCCAUCCCGCAAAGGAUUCAGAGUUAUAAGGAUUUUGGUAGACAUUUGAGACAGGUGUUGUUUUUGUUGAAGAUACUCUCUGGCCACAAGAGUUCUCUAGGCAUAGGUAUAUAUGAUGGUAUGAUAUCCAACAAUGAGUUCACAUAA